CUUAAUGUCCUUAAUCGGACAGCGCUGUUCUUUUAUGCAGCUUUCUUUAGCUGGUCGAAUGGAUUCAUCAAAUUUAUUCGGCGACAAUAUAUUGGAUCUUUAUUUCGGUAGUUCCAAGAAGAGAUCAGGCGCCCGAGGUAUGAUGAAGUGGUUGCAGACACUGCUGUUGCUCCAGCUCAUGAUUGCAGCCAUUGUUUGCGACGAUCCUGACGUAGAGCAGGCGAUCGCCGAAAGUCCAGGACACAAUUCCAAUGUUCGAUUUAAAAGCUCAGCCAUACCGAAUACAUCGCCCAUACAUUUCCCAGUUGAUAGUACAACAAGAAAAGGCCAUCCACUGGAGUAUGUUUUCACGUCGAAGCUCAAAUCAUUUGACGAGAAUGCGGUCAAUCGUAUGAGCCCAUUGCGGUUCAAUGACGCACUGAACGGUUCUUUCAACAAUGAACUCCACCGUGAGAUUGGAAAUACAUCUUCACAAAGCUUGUCGCUUUUGGAAACAGCGGGAUUCCUUCCCGAUUGUAAAGGCUUAAUAGCUUCUGAGCAAAGCAAACGCUUCUUCUACAGUCGUCUAGAAGCCACAGAUGCUUGCUUCAUCCAGUUUGCAAUCGAUUUCGAUAACAAAACUGUUCGUUUGAACUUUACCAGGGAUGCCUUUCUAGCUAAAGUCUGGUUUUGGUCAUACACGUCUGUCGGAGGAAAGCAUCCUUAUCUAAACUGGCCCAUUGACCACGGCGUCUUGUCAUUUGGCCUUCUGUCCUACCGAACCGCCAGUGUACCUUUCGUUAAGUUAAUGGUCAAUCCACCACAAAAAGAAGUAUGCAAAAUAACACUCGGGACACAAGAUGCCUCUAUGCUGAUAUCCGAGGCGCUUGCCGAAGUUAUCCACAGUGUUUCCAAAAAUAGCUACAACAAGUUCCCCGUGAAUUACUUUUGCUACCUGGCAGAGGCGCCCGGAAUAAGAGACUCGGUGGUCUACUAUUUAGCGUUGUACACAGGUUUUCCGGUGGCUUUCAUCAACUACAAAUGCUGCACAUCGAUAUACUUCUUUAGCAACAACUCAUUCGUGCAAGACUGUUCUGAGCUUCAAAUGAAAAAAUGGAACCAAUCGGUGAUCGGACCCUACAUUUUAGGAGUGGUCAUCGCAGUGUACUUUCCAAUUUUAUUGUUCCGUUUAAGUGCAUGGCUUUCUGAACACGAACCUGUAUCGGAGAAUGCAGACGGUGACCGAGCCGAACUUUUGGACUUCAGUGCUGAUAACGAGAACUCUGAUUGGAUGUUUCUAGACGGACGAUCUCCUCUGACCGUAUCGGAUGUUUUGGGAUCUCCCUUCACUGGGAUAAAGCGUAAAUACCCCUACGCCUUGUCUAGAGUGCGACGGUUGCUGUUGUUGAUUCUUGGACCCAGUGUGAUUGUUAUUCAAAUACUUAUGUACCAGAAAGGCAUCGGGGUAAAGGAGCAUACAAUUACCGUUUCUGAUCUGGCUAUGCAGGGCACACCCAUGGGCUUUUUGUCAGUACUUGCCCACUCUAAAGAUCGUGCUAAAGUGUUUGUCCCAUUGUUAGGCGGGCCGUUUGCAGUAUUUGGCGUAUACUUUGCUUUAGGGAUUGCGUUUCUCGUUGUUCCGAGAAGUUUGAAGGCUGUUACUGAAAGUGGUUUGCCGGUCACUUUCAAAUACUCCCCGCUAUUUCUGGGAACCGAGGACAUACUCACGCUCGCCCUUUUCAGAACAAAUGCCGCUCCUGGCUACGACAAAGCUGCAAGCCUCUGUAAGGCCAGCUUUAGCAUGCUUUUUGUCAAUGGAUUUUGGUCUAGGGUAUGGGAAAUCCAGAAACAACGAUUUGAUAUUUUUGGUAACCGCACAUUUCUAAACAUGCUCUUACGAAUAUUUGUGUAUCCUCUUUUGGCUUGUUUUUGCCUUACCGAAAUAGUGAUAUGCAUAGUAUACAAUGCAGUACCACUGUUUAGGUUCGUCGUCAUCAUGGUAAAGGGAGUAUCUUUAUCCUUUCUGAACAAAAUGAGCUGUUACAAUUACUUCUUUCGAAAUGGUUUAACAACUUUCGUAGCUAUUGUUAUUGUUUUUGCAAUGUUUAUAUGCUUUGUAUAUUGCGCUCUUCUAAUUUUUGUUCAAAGUUUCACAUUUAUUUGCCAGAUUAUAAUGUUCUGCUUGGUUGCUGUUAUUGUUUACCCAUCGGUCGCAUUCGGAUAUCUCUUCUUUGUGGUGGUUCUUGUCUAUUAUCUGGUCCAUCUUGUACGCGACUUCGGCGACGGGUACCUCGUCCUAUUAUCCACGGUGGUAGAGCAAUCGGUGAUUCUAGAACGUAAUUUGAAUCAUGUAUCAGUACAGGAAGAUCGGCUUGUGAUUUCUAACCUGAGAAUUACAGGAAUACGGUCCAUUCAUAUCAACGAUACGGUUCUUGACACGCCGCACAAUGUUCUCAGCGCCAUAACGCGUGCGUCAACACCGUCAAAAACCAAGACUGUUGCUAACACCCAAGGAAUCCCCAAAAAGCUGUUCUGGAACGUUGUAAAACAGUUUCGCCCGGUCCAUAGAGAAAUUCUUUCAUUAGUAUUUCAUAUCACAGUAAUUGUAGCGUUUGUUGGGAUGACCCGAGACAUAACAUCUUCGUUCGCUCCCGGUCCCACUUCGGAGAUCUCUGAGGUCAUGCACGUGGUGUUUGUCGUCAUCAUCGGAGCGCUGCCACGUGUUCUGGAACUAGCGAUGACGAACGAGAGCGGAAUAGUCAAGAAAGAGAUCCAUGAGCGGGAGAUAGAACAACACAUUAUACAAUACUGGCAAGAGGAACGUAAGGCAGAACAUGCCAUAAUACGACUAUAAAAACUAAACGAGACUGAACAUUAUGGCAUAGCCUGUUCCAAGAUUCAAAUAUUGUUUUUUUAUGAUUGUAUUAAGAUAUUUUUUUUGUUAAGGAAAAUAAUAUAUAAGGAUGUCCUAAAAGUAGCCGAAGCAAAUAUUGUAGUAUAACGUAGAAAUCAACAAUUCGCCGGUAUGGUCAUUUUGCGUAUGAAAUACCACGAUAAUUUGUUACCUGUAAGGUAUAAAUAUACAUGUAAGUUAAAAAAUAACGAAACAAAAGUAUCACCAAGGGGUAUAAAAUAUAUGACAUGUAUGAGUGAAAAACAUGUUGGAACACAAUUGGGGAUUAUUGAAUAUACGCAUAUUAAAUUUUAAAGUAAAAAGGCAACCAAAGAACAACAAUACAUGUUUAUGUAUUAACCCAUUAAUGCCUAGUGGACUCUCCCAUCCGUCUACAUUGGAUCAAUUUAUUUCCAAAAUUGGGGAUGUCUAGUAUAUUUAUUUCUAUAUUUAGAAUAUUUCUUAAAGAAAUUCAUUUAAGCAAACAGCGCAGACCCAAAUGAGACGCCGCAUCAUGCGGCGUCUCAACUGGGUCUACGCUGUUUGCCAAGGCCUUUUUUCUAUGCGCUAGGCAUAAAUGGGUUACAUGUUAAAGUAAAAAGGCAACCAAAGAACAACAAUACAUGUUUAUGUAUUAAACAUAUAAAAUUGUCAUUUUAAUUUAAAAUAUGUAAUAUUUCGAUUAUUAUUUAAAAAUAAUGAUAAUAAUACAAAAGUAAUGCAAAAUUUAGCUGUCAUCUUCUAAACAGGUAUUCAAUAAUAGGGGAAAAAGUCAAAAUGCAAGUAAAUGUUCGAAAAGUAAAUUCAAUAACUGUUGGUACUUGUUAUGCCAUUGUUCACAUCUUAACAUGCAAAAGUUUAGUUUUCACAUAUUUAUAUUUGUAUUAUGUCAUUUUGGGGACUAAAAUAACAUCCAGCCAUGUUUUAAAUAAAAAAGAAACAAAACCUGUUCGGAAAUACUGAUAUUAAAUUUUGUAUUGUUCAUUUUAUUACAAGCCAAUUUUUAGAGUUUGUUUGUACACUCGGGACAAGUAAUUUAACGUCGGUCUAUGUUUAACUUUUGACAAAUGUGAGGGUGAUAUUAACUGUGUGUUUUUUAUAGUCAAUUAAUUGUUUUCUAAUCAGCGUUGUAACGCAUGAGUAAGCAUAUAAUGACAACAGUUCUUAAUACCACAUUAUAAAACGUAGUGUGAAGUCAGAAAAUCAUAUGUACAUCAUAUGUUAAAGUUUGUCGAAUAUUGGUAUUUAAAAUCAACAGUAGGCAUGUCCAGUUCUCUAGAAGUCUGUGGGUUUGCAGAGGUCCCCUACAAGGGGUUUGUAGAGGUCCCUAAAAUGGGGUUUGCAGAGGACCCCUACAAGGGGUUUGCAGAGGCCCCUUACAAGGGGUUUGCAGAGGUCCCCUACAAGGGGUGUGCAGAGGUCCCCUAUGAGGGGUUUGCAGGGGUCCCCUAUAAUAGGUUUGCAGAGGUCCACUACAAGGGGUUUGCAGAGGUCCCCUACAAGGGGUUUGCAGAGGUCCCCUUAAAGGGGUUUGUAGAGGUCCCCUAUAAUGGGUUUGCAAAGGUCCCCUACAAUAAGUUUGCAGAGUUACCUAUGAUGGUUUGCAGAGGUCCCCUAUAACGGGUUUGCAGAGGUCCCCUAUAACAGAUUUGCAGAGGUCCCCUAUAAUGGGUUUGCAGAGGUCCUCUAUAAUUAGUCUGCAGAGGUCCCCUAUAAUGGAUUAGCAGAGGUCCUCUACAAUGGGGUGCAGAGGUCCCUUACAAUGAUUUGCAGAGGUCCCCUAUAAUUGGUUUGCAGAGGUCUCCUAUAAUGGGUUUGCAGAGUUCCCCUAUUAUGGCUUGCAAAGGGCCCCUAUAAUUGGUUGCAGAGGUCCCCUAUAAUGGGAAUGCAGAGGUCCACUAUAAGGGGUUUGCAGAGGUCCCCUAUAUGGGGUUUUCAGAGGUUCCAUAUCAGGGGUUUGCAGAGUUCCUCUACAAUAGAUUUGCAGAAGUCCCCUAAAAUGGGUUUGCAGACGUCCCCUAUAAUGGGUUUGCAGAGGUCCUCUUCAAUGUUUUGCAGAGGUCCCGUACAAUGGUUUGCAGAGGUCCCCUAAAUUGUUUUGCAGAGGUCACCUAUAAUGGGUUUGCAGAGGUCCCCUAUAAUGGGUUUGCAGAGGUCCACUACAAGGAGUUUACAGAGGCCCACUACAAGGGGUUUGCAGAGGUCCCCUAUAAGAGAUUCGUAGAGGUCCCCUAUAAUGGGUUUGCAGAGGUCCACUACAAGGGGUUUGCAGAGGUCCACUACAAGGGGUUUGCAGAAAUCCCCUAUAAGAGAUUUUUAGAGGUCACCUAUAAUUGGUUACCAGAGGUCCCCUAUAAUGGGUUUGCAGAUGUCCCGUAUAUUGGGUUUGCAAAGGUCCCCUAUACUGGGUUUGCAGAGGUCCCUUACAAUGAUUUGCAGAGAUCCCCAUAUUAUUGGUUUGCAGAAGUCCCCUAUAAUGCGUUUUCUGAAGUCGUCUGCGAGGGGUUUGCAGAGGUCCCCCAAGAUUUGUUUGCAGAGGUCCACUAUAAUGGGUUUGCAGAGGUCCCCUACAAGGGGUUUGCAAAGAUCCCCUAUAAUUGGUUUUCAGAGGUCCUCUACACUGUUUUGCAGCGGUCCCCUACAAAGGUUUGCAGAGGUCCCCUAUAAUGGGUUUGCAGAGGUCCCUCAUAAUGGGUUUGCAGAGGUCUCCUGCAAGGGGUUUGCAGAGGUCCCCUACAAAGGGUUUGCAGAGGCUCCCUACAAGAGGUUUGCAGAGGUCCCCUAUAAUGGAUGUGAAGAGGUCCCCUACAAUGUUUUGCAGAGGUCCCCUAAAAUGGUUUGCAGAGGUCCCCUAUAAUGGGUUUGCAGAGGUCCCAUUACGUUUGUGAGAAAUAAUAAUAAAAACUACUAAAAAAACUGCAGCUUUAGCGGGAAAGAAUAUGACCAUCGUCGUUUAACGUGUUAAUAAUGACGUCAUGAGUAUGCGCACUUUAUAUUUGUAAACAAUGUUUUUCGCUGUUUGUGUUGCAUUAAGUGUUUAAAAUAUAUUACAUCUUGGUAUCAAA